UUUGGACUACCAUUAAAAGUGAGAUGAUGAGUGAAAAGCCAAAAUUCAAAUAUUUUUUGAGAUAUAAAAAUCCUAAUGUUUAUAAGAAUGAUGUUAGUCAGGAUGGGUGUAUUUGGGAUCAUAAAGACAGGGGUUCGUCCAUUCAUCUAUGCCUAAGAGCAUUACUCAUCAAGUAUAGAAACACAUAA